AUGGAGGAAUGCUUAACAUAUUUGCUUAUUGGAAUGGGCCUUGUUUUCUCCAUAGUUGCUUAUGAUUAUCAGGAAAUUGGAGUUCUCGUGAUGCUGUUCAUAUUGUUUCAUGCUUGCAUGGGCUUGGUUUUUCCUUCACUUGCCCAAUUAAGAUCAAUGUAUGUGCCAAAUGAAGUUCGUGGAGGAAUGAUUAGUCUAUCGCUUGUACCUGCACAUGCAAUAUCUCUGUUUCUUCUAUUACAGGGAGGUUAUUACAAGAGGUUUUGGAACUCAACUAUCAUAACAUUUGCCGCUCUUGGUCUAUUCUCCGCAGCUUGUUGCAUGCAUAUAUUGAAAAAAUGGGGAAAGCAACUCCAUCAGAACAGGCGUAACUUUCAAUUGCAUCUGGGCUACAAUAAAGAAAAGGGCAUGCCAGCAUUGAAGCAACAAUUUUGA